UCCGCCUUCGUGACACCCGGCCAUUUCAAAAUAGCUUGCUACUCCUGUCCUCUCGCUAGUCACACUUUUAUGCCUCUAUAAAUAUACUGAGAAGCAUUCGUGCUUAAAAAGCCGAGCUCUCUCAAUUACAAUUAUAUAUAAACUGAUAUCCAACAGAUAUGCGACGGUGGUUCACAUGUAGACGACACAAACCACUCUAUAUUGCAUUGCCAAUCUUAUUCAUUCUUGCCACCUACCACAUUAUUGCCAGCACUUACAUUAUAACCGACAUUGGAUACCUUGCUCGGCCCCUCUGGGACAAUGUGCAAGAGCAAUGGGAUAUAAUCCAACACUACACAACUGAAGGACUAUCCUUGGAACGAACAUGUCAAUUACAUGGAUGGAGUAUCAACAACGAGACAAAACCAAAAAUGAUCGAUGCUGUGAUCUUUAGUGUAGAGCUGGACCUAUACGAAGUACGACUGCGUGAACUAUGGAACGUUGUAGAUAAAUUCAUAAUUUUGGAGUCGAAUGCAACAUUUACUGGAAAACCAAAGCCUUUUGUAUUUGCCGACAACGCCGAGCGCUUCGCUUUUGCAAAAGAAAAAUUAGUAUAUGCACGGGUAAAUCAGCAGCCGCUUCCUCCGCACGAAGGUCCCUUUUAUAAUGAAGCUGCUAUGAGAGUAGCUAUGAACGAAAAUAUAGAAAAGGUUGCCAACGAUGGUGAUUUCAUUAUAAUGUCAGAUGUAGACGAGAUACCGCGAGCAAGUACUUUGAGAACAUUAAAGGCCUGCAGCGGAGUCCCUUCGCCGCUUCACCUUCAGCUGCGGAACUAUAUUUACAGCUACGAAUUCCCUUUGGACUUGAAUAGUUGGCGUGCAAGGGUUGAGCGCUACAGCAAAGGAGUUACAGCAUACUCUCAUGGACAACAGUCUAGAAACUUGCUAGCAGAUGCAGGAUGGCACUGCUCGUUCUGUUUCCGAACAAUCAAAGAAUUCGUCUUCAAAAUGACCAGCUACUCUCACGCCGAUCGGGUUAGAGGCGACCAAUUUUUGAGCAAGGAUCAUAUCCAGAACGUCAUUUGCACCGGCCAGGAUAUCUUUGGGAUGUACCCUGAAGCAUAUUCGUACAAAGAACUUAUUGCCAAAUGGGAUGGGGCUCCAAAGUCUGAUAGUGCAGUCGGCUUGCCCAAGGCUGUACUGGAAGAUGACAGAUUUUCGUUCUUAUUACCGGGAGGAUGCGAGAGGCAACUGGAGUAAGGUUUAUCUCAUCUGAGGCCUAGCUGGACUAACAAACAUGUUUUAGAUAAAUGUGUUUCUCCAUUCAUCUGACACCAAAAGCUAUUAUUGCCAUAUUCAUUAUCACACCAUCUGUAAAAAUGCUAUUACAGUCUAAAAAAAAAACGAUCCAAUGGGAUAAAGG